AUGCUUGAAACAAUUCUUCAGAGAAUACUGGGAAGAUAUUUGGAGCCAUAUGUAUACAAUUUAAGUCGAGAAAAUUUAAGGCUUGGAGUAUUAUCAGGAAAUUUGGUUUUAGAAAAUCUGAGGCUUAAGGAAAAUUUAGGAGAUAUUUUACAUCUGCCAGUUUCACUGAUUUCGGGGUCAAUCGGUCAUGUAUCAAUAACAAUACCAUGGACUUCUUUAGGAUAUAAACCUCUUGUAAUAAAGUUAGAAAGAAUUCAUAUAAUUAUAAAACCAAAGGACUAUGGAAAUAUUGAUGAAGAAUCUCUAAAAAAUGAACUUCGUCAAGCAAAAUCUAAACUUAUUGAGCACAAAGAGAAGUUACUUUAUGAAAAGUUGUUAAACAAAGAAAAUACAGAGCUAAAUGAUAAUGAAUCUAACUUUAAUAGAACAGAGGAUUCAAAUACAAACUUAAUUUGGAGAAUAUUAAAGAAGAUUGUGGCAAAUAUACAAAUAGAUAUAGAGGAUAUUCAUAUUUGUAUGAUUGGUUUUCAAUCUAAUGUUAACCAGACAGAUAUACAUAAUAUUGUAGAUACAAAUUCAAAUGAGAUAAUAAUAGGAAUAAUGAUUAAAUCAGGUUCACUUUUUUCAACAGAUUCUUUUGGAAAUAGAACUAUAGAUUCCUUAAAUUCCAGUGAAUCUAUUGAUCCAUCAGCUUUAUUUAAGACUAUCCAAAUAAAGGAUACCAGCUUAUAUAUAGGCCAGUUUUUUCCAUUAAAUUAUAUGAAAUUUGAGACAUCUCCUUCGAAUGAAUUACCGUAUAUGUUAUUCGAUAUACAAAGUAUAUUAAGUGGUGAUAACACUUUAGAAGAUAUGAAUGAAACUAAAGAAAGUAAUUUAAUGGUUUCAUCGAAAUAUCUAUCACUAAACUGUAAGAAAACAAAUAAAUGUAUGGGAACAUGGAGAUUAGAAUAUAUUUUAAGACCUUUAAUAUUACAUUUUAAUAUAUCUCAUUCUCCUACUAAUAAUGAAUUAAGUGCAUAUCUUGAAGUUAAAAGUGCUACUACUCACACAGUAAUGCUACGGAGGAGUCAUUUAAGACCAAUAAUAAUUAGUAUAAAGCGUUUAGCUGAAAAGCAAGCUAAAUAUCGUGAAUUGUUAUUACGAAAUUCACAUUUAGUUCGCACAGAUCCUAUUGCUUUAAGUACUGUAACUCAAGAUGAAUAUAUUGGAUUAUAUUCAAGAAAACUUAAAAUUUCAGCUAUUUGUAAUUCUAAAGAUAUCUCUGAGUCAAUUAACAAUACUGAUCAAUAUUCCAUGAGUACACAAAGUAUUACUAAAGAUGGUAAUGCUAAUAAUGAAGUUCUUUUGAGAAAUAGUUCUAGUUUUUUUGGAGUACCAGUUCAAGCCUUUUCUGAGGAAGAUAUUGCUAGGCUUCAAUUACUAGAGGAUGUAAUAAGCGUUAGGCAUUUAGCAAAGUGGCGUUGCAAAGCUAGAGAAGCUGUUAAUAGGAUUUCUAUAGAAGCUGCAUCAAGAAAAAAAAACCGGCAGAUAUCAGCAGAACCACGUUUAGCUUCAAAUGACUCAAAAAAUAUUCGUGAAUCUGCUGAGGAUAAUAUAACCAAAUCUAGUAUAAAUUCAGAACUUAUAUAUAAACCUUGUAAUAUAGAGAGCAGUUCAAAUAAUAUGUCAUGGACACAGUGGGCCAUUUCGAAAUUAUUGGGAAAUAAAAAUUCUAAAGAGAAAGAAGAUCUUCAUAAUAUUUCAUAUAUACAUGAUGCAGAUACUGAGUUUAGUGGUGGAUUAAUUACAGAAGAUGAGAUGAAUGUUAUAAUGACUGCCGUAACUAAUGAGAAAUAUUUUGAAAAAAUUGAAACUCCCACGAAAUUUUUGUUAUCUUUUGGAUUAACAUACUUUGGUAUAACUAUUUUAGACGAUACAACUAAUCCAACUAAUCAAAAUGCUAUAGAUAAGGAGAUAUUUACAAGAGAAAAUUCCGGGACCUUGGCUAGUGCUGAAUUGAGAAAAAAAAUUACUGAUUCGAUUCCUAAUUCUUCAAUAACAAGCAAGUAUAUAUCUUUAGAACUUUUUGAAUUUUUGGUACAAUUAAGGAUUCAAUCAGUUGUUGAUAGAAAUGAUAAAGAUACUCAUGAAUGGGAAUUUUCCACUGGAAUAAAGAAUUUAUCUCUUUAUCAUUAUGAACAACUAAUACUAUUUUUCAAUUCUGAAAUAUACAGUGAGAUAUUGAGUACAAAAGAAGAUGUAAAUAAUGAAGAAACUGGAGGAAAUAUCUUAACAAAGUCUACUUCAGUCUAUCAUAUUGGUUCUUUAUUUCGUUCAUCUGUAAGAAAUUCUCUCAAAGAUAAUUCUUUCAGAGAAAAAUUAAAAAAUCUGCGCUUACUUGAAGAUUCAUCCUUGCAUUUACAUCUUUGUCAUAAAGUUGACAAACGGGGUAAUACAUUAAGACUCCUCCUUAAAAUUGCACCUCUAGAUGUUUUAUUAACUCCAAUAUUUUUCAAUGAAAUAUAUUCUCUAAUGAACCUAUAUGAAUCUAUACUUGUUAUUCCGAAAAUUGAAACUCAUUUAAAAACUAAUAACAACUCUUUGGAUAUUUUAGAGGUUGAAGUAUUGGAAUCUAUAUCACAAGAAAUAUCUAAUUGUGGAGAUUUGAAUGCAAAUCAAGCUUUCAAUAUUUCCAGCUUUAAAAAUACUGAAAUAUAUGAUUCAACUGAAUUAGUUCAAGAUUUCUGGGAACGGAGUGAAAAUGUUAAGGAGUUUGCUUCUACAUAUUCUCUUCCUGACUUUAUAGAGUUUAAAAUUCAAGUUUUAUCACCAGUAUUUGUUAUAAAUUCAAGAGGUAUAGAAGAUCACAUUUCAGAAGUUAAUAUGAGUGAAUUUAAAGAUGAAAUUAUGUCUCUAAAGCUUAUAUUAGGUAACUGUACAAUUUGCACAGAUGGAGUUUGCAAUAGAAAUAAAUUAAAUAUAAAGAUAGACUUAGAUAAUACUCAACUUAAAUAUAUCAAAUAUAAAUCUAUUAUAAGACCUGAAUUGGAAACGAAUAUUAAUGAAUUUUAUAAAGAUGAUACUUCAAGAAGAAUUCACCAUUUUCAAGAGUAUACAAAAAAACUUUCUAAUUUCUCUCUUAAGUGGCAACAUGAAGAAUUUGUGAUACUUCAUCCUGUACCUGUUUCUUUUGAUAUUUUUAUUGAUUAUAACUCUUCAAAUACUUCAAACUAUAAAGGGUCUAUUUCCUUAAAAGUUGAUAUUACACUGCAGCAAUUUAUUUUUAAUUUAGAUCCGGAGUCAAUAAGAUAUCUGCUUCAUAUUCCCUUUUGCUUUUACUCAGCUUUGGUUCUCCCAACAGUUCAAGGUUAUUAUUUUGUACCAUCAAACAUUUUAAAACUUAGGGAUUUUUCUUCAAGAAACUCAUUUGAACAACAUCUUAGCAAACUACCUGUUAGAUCAUUAACAAGAGAUGCAAAGAUAACUGAAAUAGGAAGUAGUGAAGUGUAUGAAACUAUUAAUAAGCAAUUUGAGAGUUCUAUUAAUCAAAAUACUGAAUACAAUGGAAUAUUGAGCUUAAAUUGGGAUUUAAAAUGCUCAAUACAUACAGAAACUGUAGGAUUUGCAAUUAAAUCAUGCAGUCAAUCUACUCAGGAACAGAUUCUUCAAGGUUCAAUAAGAGGUAUUUUAUCAAAAAUUGAGUAUGACUCUACUUCUAGUAUUUUAAGAGGUAAAAUGGAUCUUCAUAGAGUUUUAUUAUUUUCACCAAUAACUAAAAUACCUCUACUGUUUACACUAACAGAAUAUGACCCUAUUACUCAGAACGUUAGUGAUAUGUGGUGUAACAUUGAAAAAAGAAUAUCUAUUCAAUCUGAAAACCUUGGUAAAAAUGAUGAUUUGAUGUUUGUAGAUGCCAUUGAAGAAUAUGAGAAUACUAUCGAGAUAUCAUUUGUAAAUUACUCAAGGAUUGAUGAAGUAGAUAAUGAUGAUGGAGAUUCCCACUCUAAACUGAUACUCCCAUUUCAGAUAUCAAUUGUUGCUUCUCCAAUUGAAGUUUACUGGGAUAAACCUACAAUUAUAAGCAUAUUAUCAUGUCUUCAUGAAUUCAAGGAAGUUAUAGCUAGUACUAUUCAAUAUAAUUCUGGUAUUAUUAAGAAGAUACUUGUAUCAAAUAGAUUCUUUUGUUACAAACUGGAAUCUUAUUGGCAAUCUUGUUUAUUAUCUACUUAUGCCAAGACAUACUUUGUUAAUGAUAUUUCAGAUUAUAAUAAAAUUAAGUCUAUGAUAUUUUUGAAAAAUAGUAUGAUGACAUAUCAUGUUCUAGAUAAUGAUGAGUCCAAGAAAUUUAUGUCAGAUAUUGUAAGUGAAAUUGAUAAUUCACCAUCUAUAUGGUUAUUUGGGAUAAUAGUAAUGCCUCCAAUGGUUAUUGCAAUAAAUAUAAAAAAAAUACAAAAUUUAUUGUCAAAUAUAUCCAAACAUCUUAUAGAAGAUACUGAUAAUAAUAUUGACUUUGGAAAUAUAAGAGACUAUAUAUCAGAUUAUGAAGAAUGUAAUACAAACAAUAACUCUUUAAAUAGAAGUUUUAUAACUGAACAAUAUACACAAAGCACGAAUGAAGAAUAUCCUUUAAAUAAAAAUAAAUUAUAUGAGUAUUACCACAAUUGGAAGUUGUCUGGAUUAGGUGAUUUGGAAGAUUUUAGUGAAUUACCAAAGUUUUCUUUUGAAUUAAAUAAUGAGAAUAGUGAAGAACCCAGGAACCCAACUUGGAGUCUGACCUGUAUUUUAAGAGGAGGAUCCCUAACUUUUGUACGAGAAAAUGAGUCCUUCAUUAUAAUUGGAAUACAUGAUAUAGGUAUAGCCUUUGAUGGAUAUGAUACAGGAGAUAAAAAGUUUUAUAUAGAAGUUCAGAAUUGCUCUUUAACAAUAAACAAGCGUUGUAUAUUAUCAAGAUUCUAUGAACCCUCGGAAAAUAAUAGAAAGUGUUUAGCUUCUUUAUCUGCUAGAAUAUAUUCCAAACCUUUGGAUAAUUUUAAUGAAGAUUUAAUUAAUAUUGCUUUAAAGGGAUAUCUAGAAUCUUUUUGCUAUAUCGUAUGUUAUCGGGAUAUAAUGGAAUUUAUAGAAUAUAUAAAUGAUGGAAUUCUUGACUCUUUAAUAACUAAAUCUUAUGAGGCAGCACGGGAAAUAACGAAAAGUAGAGUUUUUCUAUACUUCUUUAAUAUAAAUAAUUCCAUUUUAAUGUUACCCGAAGAUAAAUCUGUACUAAAAGAAAUAAAUAAUCAAGACAUAUAUCUAAAUUUGAAAUCUAUGGAUGUACUUAAUCAGACAAUUCAUAAUCCACUAGAUAUAUUUGAUGAAACAGUUAAUAGAUAUAAAAAGACACUUCAACAAUUAUUGGAAGAUAUGUACUAUAAAGCAAAUAAAAAUUUGAAUAAACAAAGUGAUUCCCAAUAUAUAAACAAAUUCGAUGAUUACUUAUCUACGAAGAAAUGUGAAUUUACUAUUAAUACAUAUGAUGAAUCUAACUUAAUAUUUGACAAAAAUAAAUCAAUUGAUAAUUUAGAUAAAUAUGAAUUCAGUUACCAUCCUAGUGAGUUGAUAAAAAAGAACUCUGCAGAAGAUACUCAUACUAUUGAUCAUUCCCAAAAAAUAAGAAUUUCCCCGUUAUUUUUGAGUAGAAUUAAAGAUCUGGACACUCUUACAUUACUUGAAAAAUCAACUCUCGAUUAUCCUAGAGCCAAGUAUUUUCUCAGAAAUGCUGAUUUUAAGUCGUCUUUAAACUCUUUCUGUAAAGUAAGCACAAAACAGUUUCAGAUCUACAAUCAGUUAUCUCCAGACAAUAUUGUAAGUAAAUUCUUAAGAAAAGAGAAUUUAUUAAAUAAAUCUGAUAUUCCGGAGUUUAUUUGGAAUUUUGUAGUUAAAAUACUAAAUGGUCAAUUAGGAAUAGUCAGCCAUCCAAAUGGAUCUAGGUAUAUUGAUGGGAAUAUUCUAUCUAAUAUUAAUGCUGAGAUAUCAUAUGGUACUAUAAAGAGUUUUCCUAAUUUAUGUAUAUUUGAAAUAUCUAAUCCAGAAUAUUACAUCAAACCUUAUCACGAAACAGUAUAUUUAAACGUUAAUUUAUCUCCAAUAUGCAUUAAUUUAUCUAGGCAACAGCUUACAUUUCUAAUUGAUAUGAUAAGUCAGAAUUUUGGAUAUAAAUUAUAUAAGGAUACAACUAAGGAUGAUAUAAAACACCAAUUAGUUGUAAACUCAAGUUUAGAAGAACAAAAUAAUGAUAGUUUUAAUGAACACAGUUCUAUGGAUUCCCAGGAUGCAAGCAGCUUUAUAGCAAAUUCAACAGUAUCCAUAAAUAUUUCACUACCAUUGUUAUCUUUGGAAACAUCAUUUUCUCAUACUGAUCACUCUAAAGAACCAUAUAGAAAUGUUGCAUUACCUUUAGUACUGGUACAAUUACAUAAUUGCUGUAUUACAGGCUGGGUAAUCGGAUCAUGUAAAACUUCUCAAAACUAUUGGAAAGUAAAUAUAGUAUCUCAGAAGUACUUUUUUGACGAUAUUAGAUUAACAACUAAUUUAAGGUAUAGAAGAAUUAUACACAGCUACUCUUUAGGCGAUGCAAUACCAAGUGCUGCUAUAUUAGAUAAUGAAAAAAAAAAUAUCUUGAACUCUUCAAAAUGUUCUCUUCAAUUUAUUUGGGAAAGUUCUACGUUAAAGGGGCAUACUUUAGUUUUAAAGUCCUUUAAUCCAGAGGUAUACCUUGGUUUUAACGCUAUUAUAGACUUUUACUAUUAUUUGAGUCAUAGCUGGAGAUCUUCAACUAUGGCUAGAAUGAUAUCUUCAAACUACUCAAAUAAUGAACAUAAGGAUUCACGAGAAAAUAUUAAGGAGAAUGAAAUAUGUGAGUUAAAAGAUGAAUUUGAGAUUCCACACAAAAAUAUAAGUUCAAAUGACUUACAAGAAAUAUCAGAUACAUCAUCUUUUUCCCUUAGCAUAGAAAUAAACAAAGGUAGAUUUGGAUUUACAAGUCAUCCUCAAGACAAACUAGAAAUUUCUGACAAUUUGGCUGAGUUGUCUAUGAACAAUAAUUCAGAUAGUAACUCUGUUUGUAGUGGUAAUAAUGUAUAUACAAACUCUCCUAAUAAUGCAUGCCCAAUCCUUAUUUGGGAAACUGACUUAAAAUGCAAAAUUGUUGUAACAUCUGAUGAAACCUUAAUAAAAUAUUUGGACCUUUUAAAUAGUACUGUAAGAUAUACGGACAUAUUAACUGAAAAUGGUGAUAUAUCAGAGGAUAAAUACAAGGAUUGUGAUCCUAAUAUUAAUAAUCUUAGUACUAUGCUACAUGAGAGGUGUCUUUGCAAUCAUCCUAUUCCUCUUUUACUAGAACCACUUUAUCAAAUCUAUGGAAAAUAUAGUCAGAAUAUUCCAUUUGCUCCUAUAAAUUUCCAAACUCCGAAAUAUUCUCUUGAAUCAAAGAAGUCCAUUAUAUUAGCAGAAACUUUCAGCAUUACUAGUAAAGGAAGUUAUACAAGUAAUAUAAGGAAUUUACCAGAUCUCUUUUCAAUUCCAGUAUCUUUGAGUGAGAUACAGUAUUGUUUUAAUUUUUGUCCAAUUAUAAUUAAUAUACCACCAUCACAUCUAGUUGAAAUUACAUCAUUAGUGAAGAAUCUUUUUGAUGAUGGUCCCUCAAUAUCUCCUCUAUAUACAUCUACAGUAGAUUUUCAAAAUGAAUUGCAUAGUGUUGAUAACUGGCUGAAUAAUAGUAAUGAAGAAGAGGAAGAGGAAGAUGACUUAAAUUCUAAUAUAAACAUAUUACCAAAAAAUAAAUUAGCACAACUUCCUACUGUGAACCUUUCACUUGGACCUCCCCCAAUUCGUCGAAUAUUUGAACUAAAGUUUUCAAUGGAAUCCUUGAGAUUUUUACUAUUAGAUGAUCAAAAACCUACAUUAGUGCCAAUAUUAGAUAUAAAAGUGAGAACUAGUCUGUGGAAGCUAGAAACUACACCAAUUAAAACUAAUCAUACAAUUAAUGACUUGGAUCUUCUAGUUGAUGUACUAAAUUUUAAAACAGGAGAUUGGGAACCUGUAAUUGAAAAGUGUAAACUGUCAAUUCACUAUUUCCAAGAAAACCCAAUUCUAUAUGAUCCUUAUGCAAAACCUUUACGAAGGUCUUUAAGAAAAUAUCUUCAUAUUGCAUCUUCUCGAGCUCUUUGGUUAAAUAUAAAACCUACACUCUGUUAUACUUUAAAUUGGUUCAUUCCAUACUGCUUUUCAUUUUUCAAAACUACUAGUGAAACCCAAAUGGCAAAUAACUCUGAAUGUUAUUCCAGACCAUUCGAUAGAUUGUCAAUUGUUGAUAAUGAAACUAAAUCUAAUGAACUUCGGAAUCGAAAUAACAGUUCAAUAUUUGUAAUACCUCUUGAAAAACUUACUAAAUCAUUGAAGAAUAAAAACUUGAAUAGAAUUAUUCCAAUAGAAAGGCUAAAAUUUGCUAAUUUGGAUUCUAACCUGAAAGAAAAUAAGGAACAAUACGAAUUACCUCAGCUUAUGUACCUUAAUUUAACAGGUUUACCAUUUUAUGCUUUUACUAUAUCAUUUAAUGGGGAAAAAGAUCGAAAUAUAACGUAUCUAAAUUCUUUGGUAUUAUUAUCUCCAUCUUCUAUUUCUACUAAUUUGAAUUUCCUUCUUAGUAAUACUAAGCUAUCCACUUUAAGGACUUCAAAUAUUUCUGACUUUACUUCAUGCUCUUUUGUCACAGCUCAAUGGCCUAUAAAAAUGAAAGAAAAUUGUAUAUGUUUAUUAUCAGCUCCUGUAAAUGAAGAUAUAUAUAAAUUAAGCAAACAAUUCCCUCAACUUGAAAUAGAAUUGAUUGCAAGAGUUCUUUGUAUAUACAAGUCCUUUGAAAAAUCUAUUGAAAUACUUACAUCUUAUACAGAGAUUCAAUCUGAAAAACUAAAUCCUAGAUUUGGACCUUUACCUAGUGGAAUCAAAUGUAUAUACUUCAAUGCUGAACAAGUAUCAAGUGCACUACUUCCAACAAUAACACCCAAUUACAGUAAGCAAGAUCAAACAUUAGAAAAUCUACUCAAAGAUAAAAUAGAAGAUAAAGAGAGAGGCUCUGAAGAACAUAAUAAAUUAAAUAAUAAGACAAAUCAUGUACUAGCAGAGAUUCUUUCACCUCAUCCAAGUUCUAAACUACUUUGUCUACUAUCAAGCAAUAGAAUUGUCAAUAAGACUGGCAUUCCAUUGGAAAUUUGUUUUCUAGAUACUAAUAAUAUACCUAUUAAAAUGUAUGAUGUAGCAAUGAUUUCAACAAAUAUGGAAAAUGCAAAUUUAAUUUUUAAUGAGGAAAUACUUCAUCAUUCUAGAGAAUUAAUAGGAAAUAAUGGAAUGAAUAUCCAUACUGAUUAUAUGAGUAAUAUAAACAAAGUAAAUACUAAUUCACUUGAUGAUAACUUAAAUAAUAUAAAUUCAGCUUUUUUGGAUCAAUUUUCUCAAAAUAUGGAAGAUGUUAUUAAGCAUUUAAAAAAGCAAGAUGAAAUUUCUUCCAAGUAUAAAUUUACUAGAAAAAUAAAUGAUAGAGAUUUUUUAAAUGAUAUCAUACCUAAAUUAUAUAAAAGUACUGAGAACAAAGAAGAAAUUGCUUUAGAUUUAAAUAACUUUCCAGGCUGUGAUGAGUUUAUGAACAAGGAAUCUAAACCAAUUCCUUCUUGGCUCGGUAAUACUGAUACAGUUAAUACUAUUAUCAGCAGUAUACAUGAUGAAUACAAUAAAUCUUGCUCAGAUCCAAGAAUUAUGUUUGAAUGUGAAAAUUUUAAAGACUUCGAUAACCUAAAUCUUAACAAUAUUAAUUUUCCCGAAAGGAAAUAUUACUAUUAUUCUUAUUUCUUACCAAAUGAAUUUGUAUUAUCUGUUCCUCAAGUCGCCUUAAUUUCACCUGGGAAAAAUAAAUGCAAAGUAUUAUAUAGACCUGCAUUAAUAGGACUAGUUGAAAUGUUUUGUAUUAUUAGACAGCUUGAAACUAUUCAAAACGAGAUAAUUACAAAUAAUACAACAGAGGAAACAAUGAAUCGGCAGAUUGAUGGUAUUGUUGAUAUCAACUUAUCCAAUAGUUCUGAAGAAAUAUUUGCAACAAAUGUGAUAUAUAACGAACAAAAUACGCAGAAUUUUUAUGAAUAUUUACUCUCUAAUGAAGGCUUGGCUUGUAUAUAUUCCAAGCUUAUGUCAAGUAGACUUUCUGAGACAACAGAUAAUAUAAGUGAAGAAUUACAUUCUAUAACUUAUAAAUUGUUACGUAUAUUUAAAAUUUGUAAUGGAAAUUCAAUUUUUAUUCAGUACUAUAACUUUUGGAAUUAUAUGAUACAACAAUUUUUUGAUUCUGAUAGGAAUGUACUUGAUUUAUCUUGUUUGUCAUUAAGAGGAUGGAUAUCAAAUCCUAUAGAUACGGGGAAAAAUAUAAAUAAGACUAUAUUCCAUAAAUUGUCUGUUAAUUCAUUCAUUAAUCGUAAAUUAAAGAACAAAAAUAAGACAUUCAAGAUAUGGUCAAGAACUUCUAGUAAAUUAUCUCAUUUAAAUACUAAUACAAUUAUUGGCUCAGACACUUCGAAUUUAGACAAUAUGUGUAAUAGCUCAAUAAAUGACUAUAAUGUUUUAUUUGCUGAUGGGGAGAUACUUGAUUCUGGAAUAUCUUACAAGCAAAGUAACUCCAUGAGCUUAUCAGAUAAGAAUUUCACAUCUCAACCAUUAUAUUUCCAAUCCUAUAUUCAACUAUACAAAUCUAUAUACCCUGGUGAGGUAACAAUACGUAAUCUAUUACUUUACCCAAGUUAUCUGCUAAUGAAUUUUAUACCCACUUUAUUGGAAUGUCAAAUUAAAUGCUGGUACUCAAACAGUAGCUUAAAAACAUCGAAAUAUUUUUAUAGUAUGCAACCAUUUCAAUCUUAUGCAUUAUACGAAUUACCUAGUUCUAAAAGCCAAAUUAAAGUUAGAAUAGCACUUGAUAACAGCCUAUUAGAUGAUCGCUUAAAUCACUUCUCAUAUAGUACUCAAGCUGAUAAGAGUUUUACUAUAUGGAGUUCCUCUUUCGAUGCAUUUGGUAGCAGUUCAACUCAACUAAAUUUAACUUCUAGUUCUACAUCUUGUGAUAUGUCAUCUAUAGAUCUUGAAUGCGUCCAAAUAGAUAAGUUACAAAAUCGUAAAUAUUCCUGUAAAUGUAUUGGGUAUAUGCAGAAACAUGUACUGGCCUUUAAUUCACAAAGAUGGUUCAUUAAUAAGACAAAUCACAGUUUUAUUCCUCUUGAUGACAAUAAGGCAUUUCCAAUUAUUAAUGUUAAGCUCUCCCACUUUUAUAACCAUGAUAUACUCAAGAAUAGAGACAAGGAAUCUCAAAUAGCUUUACUAAAUACAAAACAUAGCUACUUACAAAUAUGUUUUCAACCAAACUUAAAUAGAACUACUAAUAAGUGGAAAGUGCAGUCUAAGGAUACUGAGAGUAGUCUAAGCUAUUCAAAUUUUAAAAUUGUUAAAAACGAACCUCUACGUUUAGGACUAAUUGAAAUACCUCCAAUAGAGUCAUCAUAUUCAUUUCCAAUAUUUAUUAAUUCUGAAUUUAAUCAAAAAUUAGAACUUAAUGAGUCAAAAAACAUAAAAACGAAAACAAGAUCUAAAAGAGGUAUGGAGGAAUCACUCUCUACUCGUUCAUCUUUCAUACAAAUAUAUUAUUUUACUAUUAGGACAAAUACUUUAAAACUAAAUAAUAUAGCUGGUUGUACUACUAAAAUUGUUACAGUAUUACCAAAUAUUAUUAUUGAUAACAAAACAAAUGAAGGAUUUUACUGGCUUGCAUUUUACAUACAAAAUAGUUCUAGUAAUACAAGUGGACCUUCCAGUAUGUCAGAUUUAGUUCAUAAUUUUUUGGAUGAAAUAAAAAAUAAAACAAAUGAAAAAUUAAAUAUAUUUUCGAUUGAGCCUUUUACAACUGAACAUAUUGUGGCAUAUAGCAAAGUAGAUCAAGAAUCUUCUGUACAUUCCUCUAAUUUAAUAUCUGGAAAUCCCUUGUCAUUAUUUGGAUCUUCAGAGGUGAUUCAGAACUUAAAUAAUCAAACUAGCAAUAAUGGCAUAAAUGUAUCUGGAGAUCAGAAAAUUAUAUUAUUUCUUAGUGGAAUAGAUAAUGAGCAAGAUAAUAAUGAGAAAAAUGGGGUAUUUAAUAGUAAAAAACAGUUAACUUCUGACUCAAUAGAUGAUUUAAAUAUAAAUGACAAAGUGAGUAGAAAUGAAGAUGAAAAAAUUGAGAUAAAUCAAUAUUGUGCAAGAUGGUCACAACCAAUCGUAAUAUCAUCUGAAUCAGCUGGUAUCUAUUACAUGACAUUUCCAAAUGUUGCAUCUGGUAGCAACUUAGUUAACCCUAAGACGUACUGUAUUAAAAUAAUAUCUGAUAAUGGGGUAUUUGUAGUCAGAAUAAAGAAUACAGACACAUAUAAUCCUUGGAGUGGUGUAGUUUUUACUAAUCACUGCAGCUAUCUUCCAUGCAUAACAUUGGAGACAUUUCACUAUGAAUAUAAAAAUAGCAAAGAUGAGUCUCAUUCAAAACUCGAAGCUCUAUAUUCUAUCUUUGAUAGAUCUCCCAAACCAUUAACAAUAGGUUGGCCUUCUCCUUUUCUAUAUACAUCUAGAAACUGCAAAUUGUAUAUAAUACCAGAAUCAUCUAUUGAUAAUAAUUCAAGUGAUCAGAUUUCAAGUGAAGAUAAACUAGUCAAAAAUCACAAGAGGUUGCUUUCAAAAGGAAUUAUUGCAUUUGAAGUUAAUUUUCACUACUCUCAAACAAACCCUUACCAGUAUAAACGUUAUAUCUUAUCAUUACCUGAACAAGAUAUCCUUAAGUUAUGCUCAAUGUAUCCAUACUUAAAUUCUGCAUAUUUUCUGAAUAAUGAUAAUAAGAAGAUGUCAUCUGAUCAUUAUCCUAUUGCAGUGAUUUGUAUAGUAGCUAGAGAUAACGGAGUAUAUGUCGAUGUACUUCCUCCUAGAAAUCAAGCAUCUUUAGUUAUUAAUCUGUUAACUAGCUCAAAUGUAAAUAUUACAGAUUCCUCAUAUGAAAAUGAAUCUAAGAAUCUAAAUGUAACAUUACCUGGACAAAAAUUGAUACUACCCAAAUUAUUCCAAAAGCUUAUGCAUAGAGUGAAUAAAUAUACAAAUGAUAAAAUAUGGCUCCUAACUUGUAUAUGGCACAAAAGACUGAUAAUAGAUAUUGCUCAAAUAGGAAUUUCAAUGAUUUCUGAACGUAGAGAAUCUGAAAUUUUAUAUCUUGAGUUGAGUGCAAUUCAGUUUAGAAAACAAGAGAAAUCUAGAAAUGGAAUGAUUGAAAGUUAUCGAUUUAUAAUUGGUGAUAUACAACUUGAUAAUCAAUAUACCUUUGGAAACCCAAAAUCUGGUCUCAAUAGCCCUGUUUCUACUAAUAAAUCAAAUAAUACAGGAUAUAAUAAUAAUAAUAAUUUAGGACUAAUACCUUUUGUACUUUUGAAUAACAGAACUUGUUGGGAUGAAGAAAAUCAAAAUUACAAUCCUUUCAUGAUUCUUAAAUGGUUCUGUUCUACAGCACGUUCUAGAUGGGAAACUAUAGUAUAUAGCUUAGAAGGCGAAUUUUCAGACCUAGAAUUAAAUUUUGACUUUACUGUUUACAAAAUAAUUUCAGAAUUUAUUGAUGACUGCAAAAUGGGGAUUGCUGAAAAUAUCCCUGGUAUAAAUUUUGGCUAUAUCUUUUCGGAUAAUAUUCUAUCAAAGAUAACACCAAAUAUUUCGUUCAACAUAGAAAAAAUUAAACUUAGUUCAUUAACUUUGCAUGUAUGGUGUUCUAUUCCUCUCGAUGAACUUCAGUAUAUUCCUGAAUGGUUUAGGAUAGGACUAAGAAUUCUUACUGUAUCUAACUCACUUGAAUUAAGAGGAGCUCCAAUUCAUUUAGAAUCUCAUAAUCUUAAUAACACUAUUGGAAAUACUUCAAGUAUUGUAAAAGCAUUUUAUGAAUACUAUAUGGCAGAAAUUCUCUGGAGAAUAGGAACUGUACUAGGUCAUAGCUCUUUUGUGAAUAUUCCAUUAGUACCUUUACAGCUAGGGAAAAAUACACUAAAUGUUGCAUUUUCGACUAUUUCAGCUGUUAAUUCAAGUCUUACAAACUUACUUUCCAACUUAACAAUGGAUUCAGAAUAUAUUAAUGCCAGACAACGUGAAUUAUAUUCUACUCAAUCAUUAUCAAGACUAAAUUCUAGCUCAAAUCAAUAUCCUACAGCUAGUUUGAAAGAAGGCUUCUCACUUGCAGGCCAAAAUAUUACACAAGGUUUACUAAGCCUCAGAAAUAUAGUUACAAAACCAAUAGAAGGAGCUCAGAGAGCAGGAUUUACUGGGUUUUGCACUGGGCUAAUAAAAGGAGUCACCUCAUCAAUCAUUAAACCUAUUGAUCAUAUUGGACAAGCUCUAAAUAAUGUAAUUGAUGGAAUUCAAGCAGAAGUUAAUAAACCUUUAGGAGGCUAUAAACAAAGGACGUGCAGACGAAGAAUUCCUAGGUUAUUGUGGGGAAAGUGGGCAGGUAUUGUCCCUUAUAAUUCCCAAGAUGCACUACUAAGGAAUAUUCUAGGCUAUAAAUUAAUGAGACACGUAAUAUACUACUUUAUUAUACCUACAAAUAAAUAUGGAAUACCAUUAUUACUCUUGUGCUAUCCCCAAAAAAUUAUAUUGGUUAAGUUACUCACAAAGAUUAAUCCUACUGAUAAUAACUUCAACAACACAGGAUUAAUCCUUAAGGACUAUUUUAAAAUUUUAUGGGUUGUUCAUACUAAUCAGGUGAAAUCAGUUAGACCAAGUUCUCAUGGAAUUCUGAUAUAUACUAAUAGUAAUGAAGUUGGUGAUCUUCAAAUUCCAACAUGUUCAUAUAAGCAAAUAAGUGGUAUUACAUCGGCAAUAGAUAAUAUACUUAACUUUUCAUCUUCAUGUCUAAUUCUUAGAUAA